UAUAUAUAUAUAUAUAUAUAUAUCUUUUUUCUCUCUCUAAUCUCUCUAUCAAGGAAGGAAGGAGAGGGGGAAGGCUUCCAGGGGAGGUGGAGCCCACCUUGGUCCUCUUGCUUUGCUGGCUUGCAAGCUCUCCUUUGUUGGUUUUUAAUGGCGUUUGUCUCCUGAGAAAGACCAGACCCCCCCAAAAGAUUACAGUUUCAGCUCUCAAGAAAAUUUGUACACAAAAAAUAAUCUUCUAACAAACAAACAAAAGCAGCAAUCAGUGAACAGUAACUGUAGAGUAAUCUUCCUGUUGAUGCUCUGGAGGAAGCAAAGCCUUCUUUGAAAUUUGAUCGGAUUUUGGUGGAUGUAGUAGAGAUCUGAGCUUCUUGGCUGGUAGAUCUUCUCAACUGGAGCUCUAAAAGUGAGCUAUUUUCACUAGUUAAAAUAAGUAGUUUCGAUCAGUUGUUGGAACAUAAUUUUGUACCUUUGUUGUUUUGGAGUAAUCUAUGAGUUGUUUUCCCAAGUCUUGGUAUUGAUUUUGAUCAGAUGGAAUCAUCGUAACAUAAUUGGUAAUUUAAUUUAUUAUUUUUCUUCUUUUUUUUUUGGGUUUGGAAUUGAGUUUGAAUUGUUGGACUUGAGCCGUAGUUAGUUUGCGAUUUAGAAUUCCUAAUUGGGGCAUUUCUUGUUUUUACUCCACGGGUGGAGAAGAUUCGACCUUUUGGAUUCACACUUGCGGACUUUAUUUCUUUCCUUUUGAAAAUAAUGGAUGAAGAAAGGAAUUUGAUUACUCCGUUUGAUUUUUAUCGUGGCCUCUGUUUAUCUUUUUUCGUAUUUGAAGUUGAAUUUUCCCAUUGCCUUACGGUUAGUAUUAAGACUUGGAUCCUGUUCUUAUAGAAAAAGAGAUAAUUUUUUUAUUACAGUUUCCAGUUCGUGCGUCAUUUUUCUUUCUUUUCUGUUCAAUGCUGAAAAAGGUCUUCCCUUUUCCCGCCUUUUUUUGUUCAUCAUUUGCUUGCCAUUUACAUUAUUUUUAAUUCUCAAGUUUUUAUUCGGUUUCUGUAUUAUCAUAGACAAAACCAACGGGCUAUACUCGAGUAACUCAGAGUUUGGAGGAGGGAAGGUUCCUUUGUUUGUUGGAAUCAAAAGUUUAAAUAUCUUUAGAUGCGGAUAAUUUGGAGGGUGGUUUGGAUGAGAUGAGGUAUGUUAUCUGGGUUAAUGAACUUUUUGAGGGCCUGUUUUCGGCCGAGAACAGAGCGUUGUGUUCACUCCGGUUCAGAUUCUGGGGGUCGUCAAGAUGGGCUCUUGUGGUACAAAGAUAUCGGGCAACAUUAUAACGGGGAGUUCUCGAUGGCUGUAGUUCAGGCUAAUAAUUUGCUGGAGGAUCAGAGUCAGCUCGAAUCGGGCUCCUUGAGCUUGCAUGAUUCUGGACCAUAUGGUACUUUUGUGGGGAUCUACGAUGGGCACGGUGGCCCUGAGACGGCGCGGUUCAUAAAUGAGCACCUCUUUCAGCAUCUCAAGAGUAAGUAAAUUGAGAUGCUUUUAUAGUCAAUAUGUUUUCUGUUGAAAAUCCUAACAUUAUUGUCAUCUAUUCCACAUGUUGGGCAGAAAAAGGUUAGGGGUAGGAUGAACUAGUCUUGCAUCUGUAUUAUUUUUCUUUCAUUGAAAUGAGUUCAUUUGUGAAUUAAAUUAUAUCAUCCAUACAAAAGCCACUUCUCUAAAUGGGAUUCCUAGUAUCGGGUGUUGGCCAAUUUUGUGAUUCAGAAUAUACCAAUCAGGGAAAAGUUGGCAGUUUUUGAGUCAACGAAGUGAUGAUGAUUACAUUUCAAGUUGUGCUGUUUGUUUGUGGUUUUUAAAGUUUCUGUUUAAUAUUUUCAGCUAAUUAAUCAAAUAUCAUAUUGCUUGUAGGGUUUACAACUGAGCAUCAGUGCAUGUCUGUGGAGGUGAUACGGAAGGCUUUCCAAGCCACGGAAGAGGGUUUUCUUUCUGUUGUCGCUCGGAAUUGGCCAAUGAAACCACAGAUUGCAGCCGUUGGAUCUUGUUGUCUUGUCGGUAUCAUCUGUAGUGGGACCCUCUAUAUUGCCAAUCUUGGUGACUCCAGAGCUGUUUUAGGGAGACUUAUGAGGGCCACAGGGGAAAUAUUAGCCAUUCAACUUUCAGCCGAGCAUAAUGCUAGUAUAGAGUCUGUUAGGCAGGAGCUGCAUUCUUUGCACCCCGAUGACUCUCAGAUAGUAGUUUUGAAGCAUAAUGUCUGGCGAGUUAAAGGCCUCAUUCAGAUUUCAAGAUCCAUUGGUGAUGUAUAUUUAAAGAAGGCCGAGUUUAAUAGGGAACCAUUGUAUGCCAAGUUUCGGUUACGUGAACCGUUCAGAAGACCGAUAUUGAGUUCAGAACCUUCAAUCUCGGUGGACCAAUUGCAGCCGCAAGAUCAGUUCAUUAUUUUUGCAUCUGACGGUCUCUGGGAGCACCUAAGUAACCAGGAAGCUGUUGAUAUAGUUCAAAAUCAUCCGCGAAAUGGAAGCGCUAGGAGGUUAGUAAAGACUGCAUUGCAAGAAGCAGCAAAGAAGAGGGAGAUGAGGUACUCUGAUUUGAAAAAGAUCGAUCGGGGAGUGCGUCGCCACUUCCAUGAUGACAUCACCGUGAUUGUAUUGUUUCUCGACUCGCAUCUCGUGAGCAGAGCCAGCACGACCAGCAGAAGCUGUUGGGGGUUGAUGAAUCUCUUCAGCAUUUGUGUGUGUGUAAAGGAAGAACCCUGGGGAAAAAAACUGAAAAAAUGGAAGCAACAAGUCCUAUCUUUUCAACCCACAUUUGGCUCCAAGAAUUCAUUUUUGAAGCUUGAGAUGGGGUGUGUGGCUUCAAGGUUGGAAGAGGAAGAAGAAGUAGUGGCCAUAUGCAGGGAAAGGAAACGGCAGCUAAAGUUAGCAGUGGAAAGAAGAUAUGCAUUGGCAGAUGCACAUUACAGAUACUGUCAAUCACUCUAUGGUGUUUCAGCUGCCAUCAGGCUGUUUGUUGCUCGCCAUUCUAACCCACCUUCUCCCUUCAUGAUCGAUUUCCCGCCUCCCAUUAUUCCACAACCGCCGGCGCCGCCGCUCUCCUCCUCCUCCCCUGCAGCUGCAGCCGGCCUUCCUCCUCCGCCACCCCAACAAGAAAAUGUGGUUGUUUCCAACCCGCUUUUCCUUCAGCAAACUCCAUCACAGCCAACAAAAGCAACAACAACAGCAACAACUCCGAUUCAUCACUGCGAGUCCUGUCAAUCCUCAACCGCAUCAGAAGACUCGGACUCUUCUGAAGAAGAGGAAGUGGUGAAACUACAAAAGGAGCCCUCUUCUUCUAAUGACUACUUUUACAUGGAAAUGAUGCCACCUCAUCAGUCAGUGAUGAUGCCAUCUCCUCAUAGAGAUUUUGGUGGCUGGGAUUUUUUCAAUCCUUUCUUUACUAGUGUUAGGCCUGAGAUGAUAUUAAACAAUGGUGGAUAUCAUGGGAAUAGCAGGAUAUUGUGUGAUGAGGAGGAGAAUCUAAGGGCUGUGAGAGAGCAGGAAGGAAUCCCAGAAUUGGAAGAAGAUGAAGAGGAGGGGAGGGAUUCAGUGGUGGUGGCUGCACAGAAAGGUAUUGUAGAGCAGCAGCAGCAGCAACAGAAGAAUGAAGAUGUAGAAAAAAGUAGGGGGAUAGUAGUUGAGGCUGAUGAAAGUGUGAACCAUAGAGGAGGAGGAGGGGAGGUGUUGCAGAAGGGCUUAACAGUAAUUGACACACCAGUGGGAGGUGGGAGGGAGCUGUUGGAAGCAUUAGGAGAUGUUGGAGACCAUUUUAUAAGGGCUUAUGAUUCUGGUAAAGAUGUCUCCAGGAUGUUGGAAGUGAACAGGGUCCAGCUGCAAUCAAAUAUAGAAGAGAUUAAAGAGACCUCAAGAAAAAAGAUUCAAGCUAUUACUUUGCGCUCUACUUCGUCACGAUCCUCAUCAUGCAAGAGUCUUGUAGCCUCCUCAAGUUCGAAAAGUUCUUUGACGACAUGGAGUUCUGAGUUCAAGAAUGAUCUGUUUGAUGAUUAUGGAGGAAUGGCUUCUGGAAGCCAUUCACUAACGCUAGGAAGGAUAUAUGCUUGGGAGAAGAAACUCUAUGAAGAGGUUAAGGCCGGAGACAACAUCAGGAAGAUAUAUGAAAAGAAAUGCAGCCAGCUGAGACACCAAGAUGUCAGAGGAGCUGAAGGUGUAGCGGUAGAUAAAACCAGGGCUGCUGUAAAAGAUUUGUAUAGCAGGAUACUUGUGGCGAUCCGAAGUGCCGAAACCAUAUCCCAAAGAAUUGAGAAGCUCAGGGAUGAGGAGCUCCAGCCCCAAAUCAUGGAACUUCUGCAUGGUAUGAUGAGAUGCUGGCAAAUUAUGUUGGAGUCACAUGAAAUCCAGAACAAGAUCAUGUAUGAAGUUAAAACUUUUACCUGUCCUACCUAUGGGAAAUUCUGCAAUGAAUCUCAUCGACUUUCUACACUUCAGCUUGAAGCUGAACUCCAGAACUGGCGGACAUGCUUCAAAGAAUACACUGCUUCCCUUAAAUUGUAUGUUGAAGCUCUGGAUGGGUGGAUUUCUAAGUUCAUUGUACCUGAAGAAGUGGAAUUCCAUUCCAGAAGCAGAAGUAAAAAUUAUUCUCUUCCACCAGGCCAUCAUCGGGUGAAUGGGCCCCCGCUUUUGAUAUUAUGUCGCGAUUGGCUUGCUGCAAUGGACAAAUUACCCGACAAGGCAGUUUCAACUGCCAUAAGGAGCUGCGAAAGAGAUGUCAAAGCGUUGUGGAUACAGCAGGGAAAAGAACAGCAACAGAAAAGGAAAGUUGACAGUCUGUCUAAAGAACUUGACAUCAAGACUCUUGCUUUCCAGAAGGCCGAGAAUCGAAUAUACGAAUUUAGGCUCACAGACAAAGCUGAUUCGGAGAUGGAGGUGGAGGAUCACAAAACCGAACAGUUAAAAGAGAGGAAAGAUUUGUUAGAGAAUUUCCGGAGAAGAGUUGAGUUGGAAAAAUUAAAUCACCAGAACUGCAGGCAAGAAACUGAAAGGAUCACCCUGAACGGUUUCCAGACAGGUUUCGGCAGGGUUUUCGAGUCUAUGACAGAGUUCUCCAAAACGGCUUUAAAAAUGUGUAAUGAUCUGAUAAGCAGCAACAGCAAUGAUGAGAAAUUCCAGAAUGAAUCAUCAUUUUCUCAUGGCUCCCAACUGGAAGAUGGCAAAACAGGAGAUCACCACUACAGUUAG